UCAUAACCUCUUUCUCUUUUGACGUUUGGAAGUGAACAUUGAGUUAAAAAUGCGAUUUUACAAUAUUUAAUAUAAUUUAUAUCAAUAUUUAUUAAUAAGUAAUGAAAACAAUUAUGAAAUACUUAUAAAAAAUGGAGCAUUUAAUGAAAGGAAAAUUUGGGCGGAUCAUAAUAAGUUCUUAUUCGCAAAAUCCCUUAAAGUAUGGGCGAAAUGCAUGUGCUAGAAGGAAAAUGUAUACUAUGUGGACAGCUAGAGCAAUUGAUCGUUCAAAACCGCUGCUUAAAACUCAAAUUCAGUAUCAAAUUUCUAAGAGAAAUUAUGGAAUGUUUGUUGUCAGAGCUCUCAGAAGUGUCCUUAAAAUACGGUACUUAGUAUUAGGAGGAGCUGUAGGUGGAGGAAUGACGUUGCAAAAGAAAUACAAUGACUGGAAAGAUGGACUUCCAGACUUAAAAUGGUUAGAAGAUGUUAUGCCUGACAAUGACAAGUGGCAGCAGUGGAGAGUUUCCCUCAUAGACCUCAAGGAUAGUGUGAAAAAUAACAUUGACAUUGAUCCCAGACUGAAAGCACUAUCAGAAGCAAAAUAUAAUCAGUUUAAAAACUGGUUUGAUGAACGUUUAAAUGAUGCUAUUGCUGCUGCUGAACAGUCAGAGAAAGAAUCAUUGCCACCUUCUGUAUCUGGUGCUUUCUCAGGCCUUUCCGAGUUUAUAGACAGACUGUACUCAGAAACAAAGAAGGAUUUAAAAGAAAGGCAAACAGUUCACGCCAUUCCUUUUACGAAUAAAGAAGACGAAAAUUAUAGGAGACAAACGCAAUCACGUUUGGAAGCUAUGCAAGACGAAGUUAUCCAGACGCAAAUUAAGUAUCAACGAGAACUGGAAAAAUUAGAAAAGGAAAACAAAGAACUAAGAAAGCAAAAUCUUCUACUUAAGCAAGGGCGCAAGCCGCUUACACGCCAAGUCAAACGCAGUUUGAUAGAUAUGUACAGUGAAGUUUUAGAUGAGUUAGCAGACUAUGACAGCACUUAUAGUGCUGCUGAUCAGCUUCCUAGAGUUAUAGUAGUUGGGGAUCAAAGUAGUGGAAAAACUUCAGUACUAGAAAUGAUCGCACAAGCUAGGAUUUUUCCGAGAGGGGCUGGUGAAAUGAUGACAAGAGCCCCUGUUAAAGUAACUUUGUCGGAAGGGCCCUAUCACGUGGCACAAUUUAGGGAUUCUUCAAGAGAGUUUGAUUUAACUAAAGAUUCGGACUUGGCGGACCUUAGGAGGGAAGUUGAAUUGAGAAUGCGCAAUAGCGUUCGAGGGGGAAAGACCGUAUCAAACGAAGUAAUCUCAAUGACGGUCAAAGGUCCUGGUUUACAAAGAAUGGUGCUAGUCGAUCUACCUGGUAUAAUAUCGACCGUUACAACAGAUAUGGCAGCAGAUACAAGGGAGGCAAUUAAACAAAUGACACAGGCUUACAUGAAUAAUCCAAAUGCCAUAAUUUUAUGUAUUCAGGUAUUACAAAAAAAAAAAUUUUUUGGCAAUUAUAAU